AACUUCACCUCGUAAAUCGCGUCAUAUCGAUUUCAACCCUAGCAGAAUGCAGUUCGUAUCAGGGAUCUUGACCUUCCAGUGUCUACUGGUGCUGACGGCCAUUUUUGUGAGCGUAUCGAACGCUCUGAUAUGUACGACGUGCCUGGACGACGCAUCCUGCACAAACAAAACGGAAACACAAGAGUGUACCGCUGUCUUGGUGACUCUGCAUCAUAAUCUCCUGUUGGUAAAUAAUCCCAGCUUGAACGUAUCGCAAAGUGAUGUCUUCAAAUGCUACGAUCUGGCCAUGUCCUAUCAGAGUCCGCUGACGGGAAGCACCGUUCUGGUAGUUCAGAAGGGAUGUACCUAUAAUGCGACCAAGUUCUGUGAAGGAUGGGUUAAUACUACAACCAUCACCCGAUGCACUACUUGUGAUUCUGGUGAUGAUUGUAACAAAGGUCAAACGGAAGGUACUACUACUCCGGUAGCUCCAACAACUCCGCUCAACAAUUCAACUACAACAACGGAAGCUUCAAGCACAACAUAUGCUCCAGCCAACUCGACAACAACUUCCGCUAGCGUAACUACAACGACUGAAGUGGUGACUACAACAACAGCAGCUUCAAACACAACAUCUGCUCCAGCCAACUCGACAACAACUUCCGCUAGCGUAACUACAACCACUGCAGCAGCGACUACAACGACAGCAGCUUCAAGCACCACAUCUACUCCAGCCAAAACGACAACAACUUCGGCAAGCACAACAGUAAGCACGGCAAGUCCCAUUACCACUACAACAGCGAAAGCAGGAGGCACAACCAAUCUAGGAUGCGUAGUAAAUUGGUUUACAAUAGCAGGCUAUGCCGUGCUGCAUGGGCUCAUCGCUCGGUGGUAAAAAUAUUCGAGG